AUGUCGGAGAUCAAAGUCUCCGAUCCCCCCAUUGUCCGGGUCCUGCGGGCCAGUGGCAUGAAAACACCUCAGAAGCAAAGGCUUGAAGUGAUAGGCACCUACCAAUAUGUGGUCACUUUUCUCUUCAUGGGCCUUUCCUGCACCCUUCUGGUCUUCUUUCUCCUUUUUACCCGGCUCUGGUCCUUCUCUGUUCUCUAUUUUGUGUGGCUGUACCUGGACUGGAACACUCCGUGUGCAGGUGGAAGGCACAGCAGGUGGAUGAGAAAGUGGACAAUCUGGAAACAUCAGAGAGAUUAUUUUCCUAUCAAGCUACUGAAAACCGCAGAGCUGCCAGCUGACCGGAAUUACGUGCUGAGUGCUCACCUCCACGGGAUCAUGAGCACAGGAAUCCUCUGUAAUUUCUCCAAGGACAGCAAUGCCUUCCAGCUCUUUCCCUGGCUUAGGCCUUGGGUGGCCACACUGGCUGGACUCUCCUACCUUCCUCUCUUUCGAGACUACCUCAUGUUCAAUGGUGAGCCUUCCUAGCCUUGUGGCUGUUCUGUGAGUCGACAGAGUCUGGAAGUUCUGUCACAGCCCCAGCUUGGCCAGGCAGUGACCAUCGUGAUUGGGGGUGCCCAGGAAGCCCUGUUUGCGGUUCCAAGGGAGCACUGCAUCACACUGAGGAGACGAAAAGGCUUUGUGUGCUUGGUACUAAGGCAUGGGGCCUCCUUUGUGCCUGUGUAUUCCUUUGGGGAGAAUGAUAUCUACAGAAUCAAGUCUUUUGACCAAAACUCCUGGCAGCAUCGGUGCCAAGAUGCCUUCAAGAGACUCACGGGAUUUUCCCCCUGCAUCUUCUGGAGCCAUAGUCUCUUCUCUGCCAACCUCUGGGGUCUGGUACCAUUUGCCCAGCCCAUCGCUACUGUGGUGCGCCACCCCAUCCCUUUGCCCACCCUCAAGCCCACCGAAGACCAAGUGGAUCAUUAUCACCAACUCUACCUGAAGCAAUUGUUUGAUGAUCACAAGGAGACCUAUGGUAUCCCUGCUUCCACCCCCCUCACCUUCUGCUAG